CAAACAAACAAACAUUAAAAAAAAAAGAAAGAUUUUAAGGAAUUGGCUCAUGAGAUUAUGGAAGCUUAAAUCCAAAAUCUGCAGGUCACAUCAGCAGAUUGAACACCCAGGGAACAGUUGCAGUUUGAGUCAAAAAGCUUUCUGCUGGCAGAGUCCCUUUCUGCUCUGAGGGAGGUCAGUCUUUAGUCUAUUUAAGGCCUUCAACUGAUUGGAUGAGGUCCACCCACAUUCUGGAGGGCAAUCUGGUCUACUCAAAGUCCAUUGAUUUAAAUGUUAAUCUCAUCUAAUAAACACCUUCCCCGAAACAUCCAGAAUAUUUGACCAAAUAUCUGGGCAUCAUGGCCUAGCCAAGUUACAUAAAAUUAGCCACCAUAAGUCCACCCCUUGUCAACUUGGCACCUAUAUGUAUUUUCCUAAACAUACUUAAUAUCGGAAUAAAAACAAUAACAAGGUCAUACUUCCACCUACAUGAUACAACUAUCCUGCAUAAAACCAAAAAACACACUAAUCCUUCUCCUAGAUGAGGAUGCAGUCUUGCAUGAUGUUUACUUUUCUCCCUUAUAUCCCAUUGCUUAAAUAUUAUGAUGUCAAGUUAAUAAUACUUAAAUACUAUGAUAUAAGAUCAAAACAUUUUAUAGUACAUGAUAAAGGGAUAAAAAAAGGAACAAAGAUAUUUCUAUACAUACAUACAAACACAGAAAAAUAAGGAAGAAAAACUCAUGAAAAUUAUAGUCCUAGUUUCUGAAACUGGUCACAUGGUUGUAGUGGGCAUUUAAAACUACCUUCCUCCACCACCCAUUGCAUAUUCCCUUUGCCCUCAGCAAGCACCUCAACUGGUCAUAGUUCUUUACUUGGUAGAGUGACCCAAACAUUUAUACUUGGAGUCUGGCCCAUGAGUAAUCCUGCCUUUAUAGUUUGUAGUUUGCCAUCCACUUGAAACAUAGGGCAUGGUAAUAUUAAGAGAUGCCCCAAAGUGGGGUGCCUGGCUGGCCCGGUUGGAAGAGCGUGUGACUUUUCACCUCAGGGUUGUGAGUUCAAGCCCCACAUUGGGUGUAGCAAUUACUUAAAUAAAUAGAUAGAUAGAUAGAUAGAUAGAUAGAUAGAUAGAUAGAUAAAAUUUAAAAAAGAGAGAGGGGGUUCCUGGGUGGCUCAGUCAGUUAAGCGUUGGACUUCAGCUCAGGUCAUGAUCUCAUGGUUCGUGGGCUCAAGCCUUGCGUCAGGCUCUUGUGCUGACAGCGAGGAUCCUGGAGCCUGCUUUGGAUUCUGUGUCUCCCUCUUUCUCUGACCCUCCCCUGCUAGCACUCUGUCUCUCUCAAAAAUAAACUUAAAAAAAUAAUAAAUAAUAAAAAAUGAGAGAGAGAUGCCCAAAAGGAUCUCCUGUAAUUUAGAUAUACUCUUCCUCAUCUUCCUUGUGGAGCAGCAGUCCAACCACCCCUUGGUAGUCAAGAUCAUUCACCCCAACCAGCACACUUCCUUCCUUCUUUGCCUUUUGAUUCAGAGGGAUGAGAAACCCAAAGUGGCUGGGUAGCAGUCUUAAAUGGAACCGUUGUAUCUCCUGGUGAAAGCAUUCCUCCUUUUGGAACUAAGUCCUCUAGGCAGCAGAGUACAGGUUGUGGGGAGGGAAGCAAAGAUUUUGCUGUUGGGUUACUAGGGGUAAUAGUGAGUGGUGUCACUCCCAUUUCUACCCCUUGAUUCCUGGCCUUGUGAAUCUUGGCUAUGGGAGAAAGACUACCAGAUAUUGGAUGCUGAUACCAGAGCAUAUACAGCCUUCUGCAGAACCAUGCCCCAGCCCUGUCAGAUACUGCCAUCUAGCUGGCAUUGUAACCGAGUCUUCAAAACAUCAUUCCAUUGUUCUGUCAAGCCAGCAGCUUCAGAAUGGUGGGGAACUUGGUAAGACCAGUGAAUUCCAUGAGGAUGGGCCCACUGCUGCACUUCAUUUACUAUGGCAUGAGUUCCUUGAUCAGGAGCAAUGCUGUGGAGAAUACCAUGAUAAUGGAUAAGGCAUUCUGUAAGCCCAUUGAUAGUUUUGGCAGAAGCAUUAUGUGUGGUAAAGGCAAAUCUGUAUCCAGAGUGUCUGUUCCAAUAAGAAAAAAAUGCUGCCGUUUCCAUGAUGGAAACAUCCAAUGUAAUCAACCUGCCAUCAGAGAAUGGUGCCACAUUGAGGAUUCAGUGUUGGUCUCUGCUGCUGGCUGACUGAGCAUUCAGCAGUGGCUAUAACUAGGCUGGCCUUAAUGAUUGGAAACCCAUGUUGCUGAACCAUGCAUAAUCACCACUUUGUUCAAGAGCUCAUUGGAUGAUGACAGGGAUGGCUGAGGAAAGAAACUGACUGUGUCCACAGACUGGGUCAUCCUAUCCACUUUAUUAAAAUCCUCUGCUGAGCAUUUAGCAUGGGACACAAAUAGCUUCACUUUUACCCUUCAGAGAGGUCUGUCCAUCCUUCUGAGAUUUCCUUGGCAUGUUCCCUUGGCAUUUUCCAAUCAUGUUCCCUUCCUACCAUCCAGCCAAACCACUGACCACAGCCUGUGAAUUGCUAUGUAAUUGCACAUCUGGCCAUUUCUUCUUCCAAGCAAAAAAAUAAAGAUAACAACCAGGUGCACUGCUCAAAGCUCUGCCCAAUAGGAUUACUUGUGCCUUCAGGGCACCCUUGGCCUAAUCACUUAUACAUCACUUUAUGGGAGUGCUGCUAUGUACACCUAACUUAAUGGCUUGUUGGGUCAGAUUACACCCAGUUCAUGAUGGGCAGCUCAGGUCAUGUGGUAACUUGGUGGUCAAUGGUUUAGUGUUUAAUCUCUAAGGCCCAGUAGCAGGCCAAAAUUUGUUUCUCAGAAGGAGAGUAACUACAAAGAACGGCAGUGCUUUGCUUCAAAAUUCUAAGGGCCUGUGCUGUGACCCACCUUUGGGUCCUGCCAAAGGCUCUAGACAGCAUCACUAUCUGCCUCUGAUACCUCAAACACCAUUGGAUCUACUAGUCCUUAUGGCCCAAGUGGCAAAGUGCUUGCACAACAAUUUGGACCCGUUGCAGAGUCACAGAGGCUUCUCUUGUUCUGGACCUUACUCAAAAUCUGCAGCUUUUCAUGUCAAUUGAUAAGUGGGCCAAAGUAACACACCCAAAUGAGGAAUAUGUUGCUCCAAAAUCCAAAGGUUCACGAGGCUUUGUGACUCUUUCUUACUUGUAGGAGGAGCCAGAAUACAAUGACUUAUCCUUCACUAUUUUUGAGAAGAGAGAGCGCAUGCACAAGCACGUGGGUGGAGGAGCAGAGAGAGAGGGAAACAGAGAAUUCCAAUAGCUGUCAACCCAGAGCCUCAUGAACCGUGAAAUCCUGACCUGAGCCAAAAUCAAGAGUCAGAGGGUUAACUAACUGAGCCACCCAGACUCCCCUAUCCUUCACUUUAAAAGGGAUAUCAUGACAUGUCCCACACCACUGGAUCCCUAGAAAUGUCACUGAGGUUGUAGAAUGCUUCUAAGUUCUUGUUGGAUUUAUUUCCCAACCCCGACAUACAGAUGUCUUACCAGUAAAUCUAGAGUAGUUGCCAAUUCUUGCUCACUAGGUCCUAUAGGCAUAAUGUCAUCAAAUGUAAUUGAUCAGUGUAACACCUUGUGUAAGGAAAAGAUAAUUAAGAUCCCUGUGAACUAAAUUAUCAUCCCUGUAAACUAAAUUAUAGAGCUGCAGAGCUGAUGUACUGCUGAGGUAGGACAUUGAAGAUAUAUUGCUUGUUCUUGCCAACUGAAAACAGCUGCUUCUGGUAGUCUUUAUUAACAGGGAUGGGGGGGGGGAAUUGUCAGUAAUUGCAUAGCAGGUACCAGGGGAUGCGUUAAUUUGCUCAAGCAAUGAAACCACAUCUGCCGGAAUAGCUACAAUUGGAGUUACCACCUGAUUAAGCUUAUGAUAAUCCACAGUCAUUCUCCAAGAUCCGUCCUCUGCAGAGGCCAAAUAGGCAAGUUGAAUGGCGAUACGGUGGGAAUCACUACCCCUGAAUCUUUAAAGUUCUUAAUGGUGGCACUAAUCUCUGCAAUCCCUCCAAGCAUGUAAUAUUGCUUUUGGUUUAUUAUUUUUUUUUUUAGUAAUUUCUACUUGUCCUUUCCCAUUAUAUUAGCCCUCACUCAACAGGCCAGAGAGACAGUUGCUGAGUAUACCUAUUCCAAUUAUCCAUUACAGAAUUGGGGGAAAAACACACGAUGGGUUCAUGGGUUCAGGCACCCAUUGGGUCUGCUAUGAGAUGGACCUUAGCUAAAACUCCAUCGCUCACCUGACCUCUAUAAGCCCCUACUCUGAUUGGUAGACCAAUGAGGUUUGGGGUCUUCUGGAAUUUGUGUCAGCUCAAAACCAGUGUCCAAGGUCUGAUUAUUUCCUUUUCCUUACUAUCCAAUCACCUGGUAAAGGCUGUGGGUUCCUUUGGGAAGGCAUGGGGGAAAGUUAUCAGCAUACAUUUCUAGCAGUGUGACAAGGGUUUUUCAUUCAAGGGGUUCUGUGUCUGUAUAUGCAAGGGUCAAGUCUGAGAAUUGACUGAAGGGCCAUAACUGCUUUUAUGUUUUGGUUCACUUCACCUAGAACUCUCACUUAUACAGAUUAAGAACUUAGUAGACUUCCCACCUAUUUCACUUCCACCAAAGAAUACCAACCAUACUCCGAGUUACUCUAUAACAGAGAUUAAAAAAAAAAAAUCUUUCAUGAUCAUUUUGCAUUCAUCACAAUAAAUUACUUUACAUUUUUAAAACUUAUUUUACUUUUUUAAUUAAAAAAUUUUAUGUUUAUUUUUGAGAGAGAGAGAGUGCAAGCAGGGGUGGGGCAGAGAGAGAAGGAGACGCAGAAGCAGGUUCCAGGCUCUGUGCUGUCACGGGGCUCAAACUCACCAACCGUGAUAUCAUGACCUGAGCGGAAGUCAGAUGUUUAACUGACUGAGCCACUCAGAUGCCCCUUAAAAUUUAUUUUAGAGAGAGCGAGCAUGGGGGAGAGGAGCAGAGAGAGACAGAGGGAGAAUCUUAAGCAGGCUCCAUGCUCGGCACAGAGCCCCAUCAGGUUGCAAUCCCAUGACCCUGGGAUCAUGACCUGUGCCAAAAUCAAGAGUCCGAGGCUCAAGCCACUGAGUCACCCAGGUGCCUCAAAUUAUUUCAUAUUUUUAAAAUCAUGUUUUAAGUUAUAGUUAGGUUUUUUUAAAAUUUCCCUUGGAAAUUUAAUUUUCAAGUUAAAACCAAUGCUCCAGGAAACUUAAUUAUCAUUAUCUUUCUAGAGAUAAGUAAAGAGGUAUAGAGUGGGUAUCACCACAUACUCAGUUUCACACACUCCAGAAUACUGCAACGUCUCAUAUAGUUACUACAUUCAGAUAAUAACCACUCCAUCUUCCAUCCAGAUUUCUAACUUGCGUAAGUUGCAUCAAAACACACAAAAACAAAUUAACCAAAUCCCUCACAUGAGUCACACUCAGUUAAAGCUCACAUAUAUCAACCUCAAAGUUACAACGUUGUAAUCACCUGCCCUUUCACUGUCAUAGAAUUCAUCCGAGACUUGGGUACAGUCACACAUCACUUUCACAUACUUUGUAUAUUUCACUCAACACCUUGGACAAUAUCAAGUGCAAACCAUCUCAUACACUAACCAAGAAUCAGACUCAGAAACAAUCACUUGUCACAGAUACAUUUCCUCACAUCACAGUUUGAGAUGGGGUUUCUGGACUUUCAACAAGGUUAGAAAUCUUUAGAUCUGUCCUUUCUGGCAGGUAAUCUGUACUAGCUUCCACCCCUCUCAGUCAAUUCUGGUAUCUCACACACACUUAGGCGUCACAUGUCGCUUCAUGCCUCUCCCACGCAUAUAUGCAAGACUCAGUACGCGCUCGCCCCGCCCCUCUGGGUCCCCCGGGUCUCGGGCAGGUCCAGCUUCCUUCCUUCUCGCGACACUCACUACAGUCAACCGCUCCUGCUAGUAUGGUAGUAGACAACACAAACAGCCUCCCACAGAAUGUUACAAGGUCACUGCUCGCAUAGCCUCGUCGCCCGCAAGCGUGCGUAAUCAAUCAUACCGUCUCAAAUGGCCCCUCACGCAUAAGCCACGUCAUAUUACACCACCUCAUAAUCACUGAACGUGGCUGUGUUCACCGCGUGAACUCACACGGGUAUACAGCACGACCGCUAUUUCAAACGGCCUCAAAAACGUUUCACAAACGAGUUUCCUCGCGUAUGACAACUCAGUCGGUGUAACGUACAUCCUCUUCCUCUUGUGCCCACUCACCCUCGGGCACUCGCACCUUCCGACUCAGACAACAUAUCUCGCACCGCCACCUUACAGAUUUAAGCCGGAUCCCUCCGCACCAGACAACAACAAUCCUCUCAAACCACAGCAGGUGCGCGUCCACGUUGAGGGGGUAGGGACAGGCACGGUGCCAGGCCUGAAAUCCGCCCUUAGAGGAAUCCGAGGUCCAGAAUUCAGACCCCAAAUUCGGGUCUGAGCCUUGGAAACGGGGAGGUUGUGACAUCACUUGAGGCCCGAACGAAGCUGCGCAGGUGCAUCCCGAAGCCUGGAAGAUUUACCUGGUUCAGUUCCGGGGGGUUUUCCCUUUCGGACUACGUUUCCCAGAAGACACUGUGGCCCAACGCUACUUCCGGUGGGAAAGUCGGCCGCAGAGGGCGGUGAGGCAGUGGUGUGUGCCGGACGAGGCGUCCGGCCUCGCCUGGAAUGCGAAUCAGAAUUUGGACUAGAACCUUUCCUGAGGAUGCUGAAGCAAUACUUUCUUUGGACUGUGAGUUUCUUCUAAAGUGGAACUAAGAAGAGGACUAAUAAAUACAUUGAAUUCUAAAAAAAGCCAUGGCCCAUAUUUCACACAUAAAUGAGAUCAUGUGGUAUUUGUCUUUCUCUGUCUGACUUACUUCACCUAGUAUAAUGCCAUCAAGGUCCAUCCAAGUUGUUGGAAAUGUACUGUGAUUUGUCAUUUUAGGGGUUGGUGAUGUUCAAAGAUGUGGCUAUAGAUGUCUCUCAGGAGGAAUGGGAAUGCCUGAACCCUACGCAGAGGAGUUUGUACAAAGAUGUGAUGUUGGAGAACUAUAGCAACUUGGUUUCACUGGGGCUUUCUAUUUCUAAGCCGGCUGUGAUCUCUUCAUUAGAGCAAGGGAAGGAGCCCUGGAUGGUUGUGAGGGAAGUGACAGGAGAACAGUGCCCAGACUUGGUGUCCAGGUGUGAGGCCAAGAAGUUAUCUCCAAAAGACAUUUAUGAGACAGAGUCAUCCCAAAGGGCUAUCAUGGAAGACUUUAAAAGUCAUAAUCCUGAGAAAUCCAUUUUCAGAGAUAUUUGGGAAUGCAAUACUCAGUUUGAAAGACAACAGGAACAAGAGGGCUAUUUCAGGCAAUUUGUUAUCAACCAUGAACAUAUGCCUAUAUUUAACCAACAUUCUUUACUAACUCAGGAAUUUUAUAAUAGAGAGAAAAUCUUUGGAUGUAAAGAAUGUAGAAAAAACUUCAGUUACCAUUUAUUUUUUAGUGAUCACAGAAGAGCUCAUUCUAAAGAAAAACUGUCUGAAUGUAAGGAAUGUGCAGAAAUUCUUAAUAUAUCAUAUCUUACUAAACAGAGAAUUCAAAAUAGUAACAAGUGCAAUGAAUGUAAGGAAUGUUGGAGAGCUUUUAUUCAUUGUUCACAACUUAAGCAACACCUGAGAAUCCAUAAUGGUGAAAAACGCUAUGAAUGUAAAGAAUGUGGGAAGGCCUUUAAUUAUGGCUCAGAACUUAUUCUGCAUCAGAGAAUUCACACUGGUGAAAAACCUUAUGAAUGUAAAGAAUGUGGGAAGGCCUUUAGGCAGCGAUCACAGCUUACUCAACAUCAGAGACUUCAUACUGGUGAAAAACCUUAUGAAUGUAAGCAAUGUGGGAAGGCUUUUAUUCGUGGCUUUCAACUUACUGAACAUCUACGACUCCAUACUGGUGAGAAACCCUAUGAAUGUAAAGAAUGUGGAAAGACUUUUAGGCAUCGCUCACACCUUACCAUACAUCAGAGAAUUCAUACUGGUGAGAAACCCUAUCAAUGUAGAGAAUGUGGAAAGGCCUUUAGCUAUCACUCAAGCUUCUCUCACCAUCAGAAAAUUCAUUCUGGCAAAAAACCUUAUGAAUGUAGUGAAUGUGGGAAGGCCUUUUGUGAUGGCUUACAACUUACCCUGCAUCAGAGGAUUCAUACCGGUGAGAAACCCUAUGAGUGCAAGGAAUGUGGGAAGACUUUUAGACAGUGCUCACACCUCAAAAGACAUCAGAGAAUUCAUACUGGUGAGAAACCUCAUGAAUGUAUGAUAUGUGGUAAGGCCUUUAGACUUCAUUCACACCUUAUUCAACAUCAGAGAAUACAUACUGGUGAGAAGCCCUAUGAAUGUAAGGAAUGUGGAAAGACCUUUAGCUAUCAUUCAAGCUUUUCACACCAUCAGAGAAUUCAUUCUGGGAAGAAACCUUAUGACUGUGGAAAGGUUUUUAAUCAUGGCUUGCAAUUUAAUAUACAUCAGACACUUCAUACUGUUGAGAUGCCAGUAAGGUUUCCUCUUCUCUCUCCCCAUCCUAGUCUAGCAUCAUGAAAUUGUUUUUAGAAAUUUACAUUUUCUUUUUUUUUCUUCAAGAUAAAUGUUGGUAAAAUAAUGAAUUUCGUUAGUAUUGAUUUAUUUCAAUGAUCCUUGAAAAAAAAAACUUCAAGCAGGGAAAAUUGAAAAAUUAUUAACAGGUAAAAAUUGUUCUAGUUCCAAUGCUGUUUCUGAGUUAUAAUCAAUAUUGGAAAUAAAUUUUAUAAAUAGUGUUUUCACUGAAACCAGUGAAGUGGCAGAAAUAAAAUGAAAACAAUUUCUUCCCCUCCCACACAUCUGUGAGAGCCACUAUGUGUGUGUUGCUCCUUCCUGCUCAAACAUACCUGCAAAUAUGGAGGGUUUAUUGCAUGUAUAUGGAAGAUUUUACAGCCUAUAGUGACAUAUUUCACAGCAAUUUCUUUUUGCACUUAAAUAAUUGUGGACUUUUUUUCCAGGUGAAUACAUACAGAUCUAACUUAUUGUUUUUAAAGCUCCUGAAUAUUUCUGGUGUAGGAUGUAUAUCCAUAUUUUAAGCCAUUCCUUACUAUAGACAUUUGAUUGUUCUAUUUCUUUUUCAUCCCAAAGGAUCAUACAGUAAAUAUUCUUAUCUCAUCAUUCUUUUAUUUCCAUUGGGUAGAUUGCCAACCAUGAGAGUGUAUGUAGUUUUGAUGUUACAUUAAUUUUUUAGUUUAAAAAUUUAGGUAAUAAAAAUACAUGCUACAAAAUUCAAAAGUUAUCAAACAAGUAAAGUAAGAAUUAAAGCUUUCUUAAUACCUGAUUCUAUAGGACCAGCUGUCAGGUCUUUUGUAUUCUUACAGGGAUUAAAUUUUUUAAAUUCUUUGGAUGAAAGUGGAUUAAUCAUAAUCUUUGUUUCAUGAAAUUCUCAUCGUUCCAAAUUUAGCCCUCUUUCAUUUCAGUAUUUCCAAGGGAUUUACAGACAUGCCAACUAUCAAUUUACUGCCUGUCUUCUCCAAAUCCUUCAUUGCCUGCAAUCCUUCCCUGCAAUAUUGGAACUCUCUCUUUUGUUUAUAACAUUAUUUAUCUGAGUCCUCUGUCUCUUUGUUUUUUGGUUAAGUCAGACUAGCUAAUAGUUUUUCAACUAUAUAUUUUCAAAGGGCCAACCCUUGGUUUUAUUGAUCUUUUCUAUUGUCUUUUAAGUAUCUUUCAUUUAUAUGCUCUCAUAUCACUUCCUUCCUUAUGCAAACUUUGGGCUUAGUUCUUUUUUCUAGUUUCUUGGGGUGUGAAGUUAGGUACUUAAGAUUGUUUCCCCCUAAUGUAGCUUUUAUCCCUAUAAACUCCCCCAUUAGAACUGCAUUUAUUAUAUCCCAUAUGUUUGUUUCCAUUUUCAUUUUUGUUAAGAUAUUGUCUGAUUUCUAUUUUGAUUUCUGUUUUGAUCAAUUGGUUGUUCAGGAGUGUGUACUCCUGAAUAUGUAUAAUUUUCACAUAUUUGUGAAAUUUUCCAGUUUUCCUCCUGUUAAUGAUUUGUAGUUUCAUACCAUUGUGGUCAAAAAAGUUACUUGAUAGGAUUUCAAUCUUAAAUGUGCUAAGACUUAUCUUAUAGCCUAACAUAUGAUUUAUGCUGGAGAAUGUUGUGUGUGUUCUUGAGAAGAAUGUGUAUUCUGCUGCUGUUGGGUGGAAUAUUCUGUGUAUGUUCAUUAGUUCCAUUUGGUCUAAAGUGUUAUUCAAGUCCACUCUUUCCUUAUUGAUUUUCUGUCUGAAAAGAGCUACUGUUGAAAGUGGGAUAUUGAAUUUCUCUGCUCUUUUUAUUGCUAUCUACUUCUCCAUUCAGAUCUGUCAGUAUUUGCUUCAUAUAUUUAAAUGCUCUGGUGUAGGGGCGCCUGGGUGGCGCAGUCGGUUAAAGCGUCUGACUUCAGCCAGGUCACGAUCUCGCGGUCCGGGAGUUCGAGCCCCGCGUCGGGCUCUGGGCUGAUGGCUCAGAGCCUGGAGCCUGGAGCCUGUUUCCGAUUCUGUGUCUCCCUCUCUCUCUGCCCCUCCCCUGUUCAUGCUCUGUCUCUCUCUGUCCCAAAAAAAUAAAUAAAUAAACGUUGAAAAAAAAUUAAAAAAAAAAUGCUCUGGUGUAGGAUGCAUAUAUAUUUACAAUUGUUAUAUUCUCUUUAUGAAUGAUCACUUAUAUAAUGACUUGUGACAGAUUUUGACUAAAAGUCUAUUUUUAGUGAUAUAACCACCCCUGCUCUCUUUUGGUGAUCAUUUGAACAGAAGAUCUUUUUCUGUCCUUUCACUUUUAGUCUAUGUGUGUCCUAAAGCUAAAGUGAUUCUCUUGUAGUCAGCAUAUUUUGGAAUUCUUCUUCGUCUCUGUCUCCCUGUCUCUCUCCCCUUCCCUCCUCCCUCCUCCCUCCUCCCUCUCCCUCCUUCUCCUUCCUCUCCCUCCUCCCUCUCUUCUGCCUCCUCCUUCUCCUUCUACUCCUCUUUCUCCUUCUUUUUUUGGUCCAUUCAACCACUCUAUGGCCUUGAUUGGAGAAUUUAAUUCUUUACAGUUAAAGCAAUUAUUGAUAGGUAAGAUCUUAUUGCCAUUCCAUUCAUUGUUUUCUGACUGCAUUGUAGUUCCUUUGUUCCUUUCUUCCUCUCUUGCUGUCUUCCUUUGUGAUUUGAUGAUUUUUUUUUAAAUAGAAGUAUGCUUUGGUUCCUUUCUCUCUUGUGUAUUGACUAUAGGUUUUUUUCUCUUGGUUACUAUGGGGCUUACAUAAAACAUCUUACAACCAUAACAGUCUAUUUUAAGGUAAUAGCAACUUCAGUUGCAUAAAAAUUCUCUUUUACCUCUGCCCUCCCCUUAAGUUUUAUUAUAUUGAUGUCAUAUUUUAUGUCUUUUUAUAUUGCAUAUCAAGAAAUUACAGUAGCUAGUUAUUUUUAAUAUUUUUUGUUUUUUUUAACUUUUAUACUCAAACAUGAUUUAUGCACUACUUUUGCAAUAUUAUUGUGAAUUUGACUAUUUACCUUUUCCAGUG